UGUGACAGUCACUGGUAAAUUGAACAUGGCUUCUGCCAGGAAGAAACAAGAUGAAAAACACCUUAAAAUUUUACGUGAGCUUGUUUCUCUACCUUCGAAUAAGGAGUGCUUCGACUGUCAUCAGAGAGGUCCAACUUAUGUCAACAUGACAAUCGGAUCUUUCGUUUGUACAUCUUGUUCAGGAAUGCUGCGCGGCCUGACGCCCCCCCACCGCGUCAAGUCCAUCUCCAUGGCGACCUUCAGCCCGGAGGAAAUAGAACUGAUAAGGGCCCGAGGCAACGAGUACUGCCGGCGGACGUGGCUCGGCCUGUACGACGCCAACACGUCCGACACCAAAGACGAGCAGCAGGUCAAGGCCUUCAUGGUCGCCAAGUACGAGAAGAAGAGGUACUACCUGGAGCCGGCGGCGGCGAGCGAAGGCCCGGCCGGCUUCUCCCCGCCGCCCGCCCAGAGCCGGUCGCGGACGUCGACGCCCACCCCGGCCGCGGCCGCCGCCUUCCCGGAGGUCAGGCCCCUGGCCCACCUGCUGGGGCAGGGCGUCAGGCCCCUCGCCUUCGCCGCGCAGGCCCCGAGUGACCCUGCGAACAUGUUCACGCCGGAUAAAUCUCCGUCUGAGUUCACCGCGGACUUCGGCAGGCCGGACCCGUUCACGCCGUCCCCGCAGUUGACGUCCGGCUCGUCUGAGGCGUCCUUCGCGGACUUCGACAACAACCCUGUCUUCAGCCAAGCCAACUCACACAUAUUUGGCAAUGUGACCGGUGUGCCCGCCAGGUUUAACACCAACCGAUGGAGCAUGCCGACCGCCGCCGCCCUCGCCAGCAUGUCCCCCUUCGCCAGCCCGGCACGCAGGGCCGCCAGCACGGCGGGCGUGGCGGGCGGGACGCAGCCCCCGGGCCGGCCCACCGCCGAGGACCGCUACGCCGCGCUCAAGGACCUGGACUGCCAGAUGAAGUCCCAGCAGAGCGAGGCACAGCUCAACGACUGGUCCGUCGCUGCGACUACUUCUGGGAACGUGUGGACGAACAACAGCAAUUCCACCCAGGCAGGGUUCGCAGACAGCAGCGUAGCUAAUCCAUUCACAGGUUCACACGCCCUCCGCAGGCGCCCGGCCAUACGGCGCAAGAGGGGAGCGCGAGCCACUCACGAGGCUUGGUGGCUGGAGCCCGCGGCGCCGCCCGGCAGCAGGAACCCCUGGGCCCCGGCGGUGCCCACGAGCCACGCCCCGGACGCCUUUGGGGCCAAUCCGUUCAGAGCGACGAGGAGGACGGACGCUCCCUUCGGCGGGCCGGCGGACGGCUUCCAGGCGUGGGGCGCGGCCGGCCUGAACGGGGUGCCGAACGGCCAGGUCUCCAACGGAGUCGCGCCCGCGGCGUACCACCCCUCGCUGGCGGCCGGCGUGUUCCCGACCAGCCAGUCCAUGACUUUCCCCGCCAAGCCGUGGCAGGCUCACCCGUCGGGGAACCCGUUCGCGCUGGGCGCGUCGCCGGCCCCGGCUGUCCGCUCGAGCAACCCGUUCUUAUGAGAGCCAGGCCUUCGUGGGUGAUCGGCGGGCCAUCUCUCGUGCUUCGUGCGUCCUCGCUGCCAGCCAGCCAGCAAGCUGCGGCCCCACAGAGCGAACCUAACCUCUGCUUUUUUUUUUAUUGGAUUUUAUCACAAUCUCACAUGAGUAAUUGUGUGUACAUUUACUUUCUUUCUUUUUUUUUUUACAUGUAUAAAGUUGAGUUGUACUGUAUCUUCCAGCACGUUAAAUGGAAGCGACUAUCCGUUGUUAGGGCCUUGCUUGCACCAUGACAUGUAUCUUGUAAGGAGCGUAGUUAGCUUAGCCAAAUUUUUGUGCGUGGCACAGGAGAAAGAAAGAAAAAAUCUCAUGCACAUAUUAGAUGAUUUUUUAGGACUAACACCAUUGUGGCAUGUACACAUUUGUUCAGAAUGCCAACUGCAGCUUGCUGAGUUAGUCGUUUUAGUUUCUUGUACUAGUGUACUGCAACAUACGACGGGCAAACCGCUUUUUUUUUUUCCUUCUUUGAAUGCUGUGUACUGGAGUUUUGUUGCCUUCUUGCAAUUAUUUUAAUGUGGACGUCAAUUUGUCGCUUGUGAUUUUAAAAUUCUAAAUAUUGUUUGAACGUUCUUCAGCUGGAAUGUGUCGGCUGUGUUUGUGCACAAAGAUGAGUUCACCUGGAAAGUUGGGGGAUCUCAAGCUCUCUAUUUGUCAUGUCAAGUGCAUCUGUAUUCCUAUUUUCGUAAAGAUAAGACAGUAACAGACUUGUUUUGUUUACGAGCUACAAACGUGAAGUUUUGCAUGCAACGUUAAAGAAGCAUGUCGGCUUAGAAUGAAAACCUGGUAUCUCAUGCACACACUCAUACAUCUGUGUGUGUGUGUGUGUGUGAAUAUAUAAAAAAAAAACACACGUGCUGAUGUAUUUUCUGUGCUCUGGAACGAGGAAGGAACAAAGGUAUGUUGCUAGGCAACCAUGUUGUCAGAAAACCGCAUAUAAUUUGUGAAGCUUGUGAUUUAUGAGAUACGAGGUUUUCGUCCCGAGCGGAAGACGGUUCGGAAAGUCUGUGUGUCGGGGUGCGGCGAGCUAAUUGCGGGCGGUUGACGCACGACGGGGGGGAAAGAAACGGUCCGGCCGUGUCUUAGUGUUAGGAACCAUCCACAGUCUUGUCAGUAGUUGUUUCCGGCGGGAACGGUGGAUGCCAGGUUGACCCUGGCUAGUGACCAUCCCACCUCGCUCCGAGACUGCUCAUAGUGGCCCUUUGCCGAACCUGACCUGCAGCUUUCCGUCUUGAUAGGACAUCAGUCUCGCCCGAAACAAGCACAAGUGUGCGACGAUCACGAAGUGCGUUACAGUGCUGUUUAGUCACGAUAAAUGCACUGAGAGAGAUGUCUCAAAUUUAAAUAUUAGUAGCACUUCCAAAGCACCCUGGUUCUAAUACCAGUCCAUGCUUAAGGCAUCUGUAGACCUGUUUUUUUAAUAUUUGGAUCAAAUUUUAAAAUAAUGUAAAACACUUUUUUCACUCUUCACAGAUGCUCAAUACAAUAAGAUGAAUAAAAGAUAAAAUAUGUAUACGUUGAACCUUAUAAGAAUGGUUCUAAAUGAAUGUAUUAUAAAAAAAAAAACAGGAAAUGAAUUUUCUUAAACCAGAGAAAAUUUUAAGUUGUUUCAAAUUGUUUUGUCUAUCAAGUGAUUAUUUUUGCUGCAGACCGAACUGAUUACCAACCCUUACUUUUAAUUAAUGUUAGUAAAAAUCAGGCACGCAUUAUUAACACUACAGAAAUUCUUGAUUAAAAUAAAAUUCACUUUUAAGACAUUACGAUAUAACAAUAGAAAAAAUUACUGAUACUUUUUUGAAACUUAAGAUAUAGUAAUUUUGCCUGUGUUUGCCAAGUUUAAACCACACCGUUCAAUUUCCAGUGUUUUCCCUGUCUGUGGUACUCUGAUAAUUAGGGACAAGAUAAUACAGUGAAUUGCGAUAAAAACAAAAUAACACCAAAAAACAUGUCAAAAAAACAGCAUAACACCAAAAUCCAUGUUCCUAUACCAUAUUAUAUAACACCGAAAUGCAAGUUAUCUCAGUGAACUUAUUAGUAGCAUUUAACCAAAACUUAAUCCAAAUCAUAAAUUAAAAAAAAAAUUAAAAAAAUUUAAGUCUUAUAUUAAGGAAUGUCAUUAUUUCCAGACAAAAAAAAAUAUAUUAAAAAUUAUUUGACCGUAAAAAUGCAGCAUAUAAAUUUUACCCUGUUUUGGUGGAAUAAUUAUUACAAAGCAGCUGUUAUAUGAAUAAAAGCAAUAACACAGAAAUCUCCUGUUUUAAAAAUGAAAUUAAAGAAAAAAAUAAAACCAUAAAAUAUUUUCUCUACCGAUACGUUUAUGCCCUGGGCUUAGAAAGGCCUAGAUCCGUCCCUGCCUGCAAUGAAAAAAAACUUAAAACAGAGUGAAAUUUUUAGAGCAAAUUUAGAAGGUAAGCAAGUACGUAUUUGCAUUAGUGGUUUUCGUAAUUAACGUUGAGAGCACAGCCAGAGCAACUGUGCUGGAGUCAUGUCACGGCCAGUGUGCGAUCAUGUUGCGUUCGAAUGAACCCAAUACAAGCUGUUACUGUCUCAUUACAUUCGUUUGGCACAGUUGAUGUUUCAAAUGUUUCAGUGUCAAUGUUUCCCCAAAACUAUGUUUGAUAACUGUGCAGUGGUUCUUGAUAAAAUGUGUACAAAGGUCUUAAGAAUUAGGUUGUUUCAUAUUAAUGAUUUAUGUAGGAAUAUGUAUUAUACUUGUAAAUGUUUGUAUUUAUUAUUUAUUCUAGAUUUUAAAAUGUUUUAUUAAUUUUCAUCCAAAGUUGUAGACUUAAUUUUAACUUUUAAGUAAUGCAUUUACCUUGUAGGUACAAUUAUUUUCUUGUUUGGUAUGUGCUCGUCAUCACAACAAGUUUUUUUUACACAACUAAUGGUUCCUUUCAAUUCUAAAUUUGUGAAGAGUUAUGUCAAUGAAGUCUCUGCCACCCAGCGGUGAGCUGUGUUUGCAUUAUUUGCUGUUGAGUAGAUUUAGGAGCGAAUCGCUUGCUUGUUUAGCACCCCUCGGACAAUUGUGAGCUUUCUUGGUUGGCUGCAACCUGCAAGCAGUGUGUCUCAAGGGUUAGUAAACGGAGCUGAUAGCAAAGUUUAUUUUUCCAUGAUUGAUUUGCAAUUGGCCGUUGUUGUUACUGAAAAUAUUUUUAUAACCUUCGUUAGGAAACUGCAGGAGUAGUGUGAUAUGAAGCAGGCUGAAUAGGCAGAGCCAUGCAUUGUAGUUGCAAAUACUGUUCGUGUUAGCCUUAAUUUGAUUGUAGCUGCUAUUUGCGAGGGUGAGUGUUUGUUUUAUUUGAGGUUUAAAAAGAUCGAGCUGUUGUGAUCACUUGAAUUGUGGUGGGUGACAUUUCCUGAGAAACACCACAUGCAUUUGGCCUUAUUUUCUUGUUCGGAUGUCGCUCUUUAAAAGCCUAGCAGUGCAGGUCAAGGAAAGUUUUUGUGGGAAACUGUAAACUUAAAAUGUUUGCGUUUGAUGAUUCUAUAAUUGUCUGUGUACCGUGGAAAAUUAAACUGGAAAAAAAAAAAGUCGGGCAAUACUGUGCCUGCAAAUAUCUAUUGUAAAUCUUCGUGAGAGUUUUUAACUAGUGUAAAAAUUAUGUAUGCUUUGUACAAAGGACUUUAUUGUUGCACAUUUGUUGCAGGCUGUACGUGUAAUACAGUGGAAUCCUCUUUUUUACAUUGCCCUGCAUGUUGCUACAUUUUUUUUCCUUGAUCCCUGUAAGGUAUGAGGAAAAGAAUUGCGCUUUCCCCCCCCCCCCCCCCCCCUCACAUGUCCAGAAACAUGCGGGCGGUGGUAUGGGCCGUGGGCUUCCUCGGCCAGUUUUGCCAACUGCUCUUGCGUCGGGCCACGACUAUUGAAAUGUCGAUCUGAACCUAGUUUAGAACCUACUUAAACGGAUCCAGUCACCCCCUGCAUCCCACACAAAUGGAUCCGGUCAUAAUCCCUUCUCCUCAGGCGUCAUCUGCAGCGGCCCGCCAUUUUUUGUAGCCUGCAGUGCGUCGCCAUCUUGUUUUGGUGGUGGCCGUCGUAGUUCCAGAGCUGGUAGGUAGGUGUCGCUAGUGUCGCAGAUGAAAUUUUAUUUUGUACAAAACGAGUCCCGAACCGGACCCACGCAAGCUCGUCAAGGGCAGAAAACGUGCGCCCUUGGCCGCUUGGCUAGCAGACCAGUUGGAGAGUAAAGAAAUAAACAAGUUAUGUAUGCUUACAAAGUUUGCCUUCAAGCCAAUAGUAGUAGUAGUGACGUUGACAAGGGGAGUGGUGUUUUUAAAAUAUCAAAAAUAGUUUCCCAGAGGGCACCAUCUUCAGUUGUGGGCAUCUUCAAGAGCUAUUAACAACCGAGGACCUUUGGACGGGGCACUUGUGUUCACUGGCACGUACGGCCAUUCACAGAGAGCUGUAGUCGGUCCCUCGGCUCCGUGAUUGGAGCAGAGGCUGGCCAAUAGUGAUCGGUGCAGCACCACUUCCGGGGCGUCCACACAAAUAUGUGAUCAAAUUUGUCUUGCCCGUCCUGACAAAAAAAAAUUAAAAUUUAUUUGAAAAUAUUUAUAAUCAAUAUACCUAUUUUGUGAUUAUCGCUAAUAAAUAGAAGAAAGCCAGCCUCCACCAUCCCCAUAGCUUGCUCGGUUCAAACAGAACCUUGGAUGUGUAAUUUUAUAAGUGUGUAUGACAAUGAACUUGAAUGCAAGCAGAAAAAAAAAAUUUAACAAUAUGCUGACUGGAGCAUGACAUUGUCACCAUUGAAAUAUAAUCGCUGGAGGAUUUUCAACAACUUUUCCUGGCCAAUAUCAGCUUCCCUGAUGGUUCCCUGACUUCCCAGGAAUCGGACACCCUAACUGUCCGUGGAGGGGGAAACGGGGGGGGGGGGGUCAUGUGCCUCCCACAAAGGAAGUCUGAUUUUGAUUCAUAGCGGGUUCAGUUUUGAAUUUCUCGCACGUGGGAGUGGUGGGGUCAUUGUAACACUCCAGUAGGUUUUCUUGAGGUGCUCCCGUUCCAUUGUCCCUUGCGUUCAGUGAGUAAGGACAAGAUUAUGUUGUUAAUUGCGAUGAAAUUAAAUACCACAGCAAAGCGUGUCAAUGCAAUAUAUAACACUCAAGUGCGAGUUAAUACACUGUAUAGAGCUGAAAUGUAGUUAAAAACAUGAAAUAAUCAGUAGUUUGACAAAAAUUAACUCAAAUUAAAAAGAAAAAAACUUUUAUGAUAAAUUCAUUAAAUGUAAUUUAUGUAAAAUGGAUUUUUUAACGAGAAUGGAUGAUCUAAAUUUAUUGGGAAGAUAAUGUCAUGUGUUUGAAUUACAAAAAAAAAAUUGUUGAUUUUUUUUAUGGUCCAUUCCGUUAUAGAGAUACUUUUUAUAACAAAAUUACUAUAUAUGUGCACCAAGUGUCAAUCAAAAUAAGACUAGUUUGGUGAAUUAAGUGUUAAGAAAUAUUUUAGUUUCAAAAUUGUUCAAUAAUAAAUUUUUUUAAAACUGAAUUAAUGACGAUAUAUAAAAAUUAAUGGAAUAACACCAAAAUCUCUUGUUUUAAAAAAAUGAAUUUGUCAUAAAAAUAAAAACCGAUAAAAAUCUUGUCUCUACCAGUGAGCUGCGUGUGGACAAAGCGUUGAGUCCAGUUAAUUUGUUGGUCCUCGACUGCCGUGGCUGGUUCGUGGAUGGUGAUCGCUCUUGUUUGUGGCAGAACACUAUCGCUUAAACCAUUCCCAUCUUUGUGAAUUGAAUGGGGUGUUAUUUUAACAGCACGGAAGCAGAUGAAGAGGUGACAAGUGUGUCUUCAAGUCUUGGGACUGGUCGCGAAAGUUCUGAAAAAGUCCCGAAAUAAACAGUAACAGUGCCCUUUACUAAUUGUGUUCUGUUUUUUGACGCCUCACUUCAGUUUGCUGUCGCAGAUUAAAACAAUAAGUUGGAGAGACCGUUUAGAUCACGUGGAAAAAUAUCUCUGAAACUUUUUUUUUUUUUCAUCUUUCUGACCUAAAACAGAGCUCGGGGAAGUUCCUGUAAAUGGUAUGUCUAUUUCUUAAAAUGUUUAUUCUCGCCUACUAUAUGUAAAAAUAAUCCUGUGAUUAAAAGAAUAGGAAUAUUUUAUUGAAAGGUGAUGAAGGCACUCGGGGUAGGGACGUGGUCACAUGGUCACGGCCGAUGCAGCCAGGUUCGUAGGUCGCUUAUAAGGGGGGGUGCACCUGUUUGUGUCGAAAUGGUGCGUCUCGUCAACAACGACGCACGGCCUGUUUCUGUCGUGGCUUCUGCGAGGAUCGUCCCAGAGGUAUCGGAAGCCACGCUGAAUUCAGAUCAGGAAGAAUGGGGCGCUUGAUAUCAGAACACCGGUUACCAAUAGUCCAGUUACAAGGAAUACACGACCAAUUAUUUGUGCUAAUUUUCAAACAUCUAGUAAAAUGAUAUAGAACCAAAAAAAAAAAAGUAACAAAAAUCAAACCACCAAGAAUUUAAAAAUAAUUUUUCGUCUUGCUUCGAAUAUUAUUUUUUUAUCUCGAAUGAAACCUAAAUUAACGUGUUUUUAUCUGACUGGCCCUGUUUUACAUACACAGUGUUCCAAUGACUGAGUAGACACCCUGGAAAGUCACUUAAUCUCCCCCCCGAAAAAUAAGAAAAAUAAUAAUCUCCGAUAACAUCACAAAAGACCAAACUUAUAGUCGAGGAUAUGAAGUUCAGCUUGUGUUGUGCGCAGGCUUGGGAAACAAUGCCAGUUUCCAGAAACUGUGGCACAGACUUGCCACGUGCCCUUGCUUCAGUUUAUUUGCUGUCUCAAGAAAGGCAUUGAAAGAUUAAGAAAAGCUUGCAUAUUUGAAUCUGCUCAAUGUAUUGGUGCGAAUUAUCUUUACUGAAUAUUAUGUUGUUUUUUUUAUAUAUAUAGAAAUGCUUUAUGAAAUUGGCUUGUGCCGAAAAUGAAAGGUAAUAUAUGUACCAUCAGCGGUUCAUCCUUUCCCAUCCUCCUUCAUGCAAUGGUGACAUAACUACUGUGGCUAGAUGACUCCGUGCAACAGUUACACAAUCACCAUCAUAUAAUGUGACUUUUCAUAUUUUAAAAAGUAAUAGCUAGAGACCGGAAAAAUUUGCGGGUUCAAUGACAUCCAGGAUAGACUCCCAUAUCCUCUACACACUCGGGAAAAUGCCAACUGUUCAUUGGCUGCUGACUUGUGAGUCGUCUCGACUAGGUGGCCUGUAAUUCGACACUUCUAUGAGUGAGGGGGUCUAGUUGGACCUCAGUCCUCCAGAUUAACAGUGAACCAAAGACAGAAGAAGAAGCACUAAGGUAUAAUUAUUUGAAUUUUAGCAUAACACAAAAUGAACCCGUGAAUUUUUCAGGUCUCUAGUAAUAGCUUUAGACUCUCCAAACUUCAUAAAAUUCUCUAAAAUGUAUUACGGAAAAUUAUCGUAGUUAAAAAAAAGUGUGAAGGAAAAAAAAUGUAUUUUGAAGAUGCAUUGUGAUUACAGCGUCGUCACACUUUCCACUAUGGACGAGAGAUGAAUUGAAUUAACGGUUUUCCAGUGUUUAGCUGUACCUGUGUUGCCUGAUGUACAAAAACAAACCUGGCCGUAAACAGAAUCUAUCAUUGAAAACUAAAUAAAAAAUUGUGAACAGAAUAAAAUUAAUUUUAUUUUGUGUGUUAAAAAUGUAUCGCCAGUUUUUUGAAAUAAUUUACAUAAAAUAUUCACAGUGCAUUGUUGGUUUGUGGCCUUUCUGCAGUAAGUGUGUUUCUGUGAUAUUGAACAGCUGUUGAAGAUCUGUCCUGAUUUGGAGGGUUGUUGCGUUUGUACGUAGUGCCACUUCACAACGCCGAGAAUGUGUUGAUGUUAUGAGUGAUGCCAACAGAAACUAUUGGGAGACGAGCGUCUGUUACCAUUGGGCAAGUUUGCUAUUGGCUCGCUGACAGUCUCGUCAGCUCAGCUAGUGUUGAUUACAUGAGGCGCGUGAUCAUUUACUUUGGUUACAUCUUAACUCAACAGUAAUAUUGAUGUCCAUUUUUUUCUACUAACGGAGCUCAAUGUCAAUAAUAUUAAUUUUUUUUAGUAGUUAUGGGUUGAAUCUGAAUGUAGAUCUCCGGUGUCAGAAAUAAAUCAUAUGCGUGAAGACAAAAAAAAAUCACAAAAAUUUCAGGUUUGAAGAAACUUUUUACCCAUUAAAUGUUUAUUUUUUAAAGUUAAAAAAUGAUAUGUGUGGGUUACAAACAGUUACUUUUAGAGGCUAAAACAUUCCAAGAAAACCUUUUUAUGGAGAUACUAACAUUUCUCUGACCGCUUAUUAAGAUGUAAAUAAUGUAGUUCUUUUUGACUGCACAAGGGUAUGUGUUUGGAUUUCUGAAUUUCCCGUCCUCGAAUAUUCUUUUUUCUUUUAACAUUUUUCCUUGAAUAUCAAAUUGUUUGAAUACUAACAGGGUUUCUACACACAGCAAAAACUCAGGGAAUUGAAAAGUUGUCUUCAAAACCUGGAAAACACAGGGAAAUGGUCAGUAUUUAAAUACAAAACGGUAGCGUAUCAGUAAUAUCAUCUCUUAAAAAAACAUGUAUUUUAAUCAUAAAUUCAUGUGCUGUUAGUAAUCCAUGUCUUGUUUUUGCUGGUAUUAUUAAACACAAGGGAAAGAAGCAACUGAGUAAUAAUUUGUAGCCGAAUCAAAUAUAUGCAUUAUUAUUUUUUUGAGACUUUCAGUGUGGGCUAUGUAGUGUUGUUAGAAAUAACGAUGCAAACUGUAUAACGUGCAGGAAAGCUUUUAUGGAGAAUUUUGCAGGUUACAUGUGUUUGCUUAACUUUUUUAUUAGAGUAAUUUGUAGAGACAUGCAAAAUUCGCGGAUUCAUUUCGCGAUAGGCUAGCAUCAAAACAACUAUACCUUUGUACCACAUUUUAUCCGGGGAACUGUGAGCCAAUGAGAAACACUAAACCAAGAAAGUGCCGAAUUACGGACAGCCUAGUUGAGACGUCUCAUGCGUCAGUAGCCAAUGAACAGGUAUCAUUUCCGCGAGUAUUUAAAGGACUGUGGAGUCUAUCCUAGAGGUCAAUGAAUCUGCGAAUAUUGCAGGUCUCUAGUAAUUUGUAAUGUAUUAAAUCUGUUAUUUUGCCUGAUAUACUUAUGAGAAAGGGGAAAAGCAAAAACUCUGAAGUAAGACUGGGAAACAUGACUAAAGAUUUUAUGAUAUUUGAAGAUUUGAUUGGCACAUUCUUAGUUUUUUAAAAGUAAUUCAUUUUUCAGGCUUGUGGCAAGUGUUAGCCAGUCAGGCUGUCACACUGAAGUAGCUGCUAGUAAACUCGCCCAAUGGCUUAAAUGAGUGUGUUCAAGAGGGGGUAUAGGUGAAGUUUAAAUUAUAUGUAAUCAGUAGAGACCUGCGCAAAAUUCGCGGAUUCAUUUCGUGAUAUGCUACAAUUCAUAUAAUUAUACCUUAGCGCUGCUUCUACCACUGGUUCACUGUUAAUCUGGAUUAAUGAGGGCCAAUUAGAGACCCUCGCUCAAAGUGUCGAAUCACAGACACUCAGUCGAGACGACUCACAAGUCAGCAGCCAAUGAACAGGUGGCAUUUGCCCGAGUGUUUAGAGUGUAGUAGAGUCUAUCCUGGAGGUAUUUGAACCAGCGAAUUUUGCAGGUCUCUAUUAAUCAGUCCAAAAAUUCGUAACAUUUGUUGAAAAUGAGAGAGUAUUUAUGUGCAUAAAAUGUGUUGCAUGUAUUUUGUCAGUAAACGUCCCCCUUGGUGAAUAACAAAUGUUUUAAAUGCUGGUUCUAUACAGGUAUUCAAAAUUUUGAAUGUCAAAAUGAAUUAUUUAUAUUUGAUUCCUUUUUAAGAGUUUAAAUUUCUAAACCAUAGAUAUUCACGUGUAGUUCAAGUGCAGUGAAGUUCUUGCAUAAUCCCUCGUGUAACCAUCAACAUUUAGGUUAAAAGUCAUUGCUGUUGAAAAUAAAUGAGUAUGUACAUGGUUCACAUACAUCAAGAGUUUAAUUCAACAUAAACAUAGUGGACAGCUGAAUGACAUAAGUUCAUACUACAAAUCUCGUAAUUUUUUUAAAAGUUAAAGAUAAGUAAUGUUUGCAGUGACUAAAAAAAAAUCAUAAACAUACUCAGUUUUAGUAUUUUUUAAUCUUUUAUGAGAAAUAUUUUUUUGUUGCCAAUGUACAAACCCAUGUAUAUGUUUUCGUUAAAAUGUGACUAUCAAGCCGCCAUCAAAAUAUAUUAAAAUAAAAUUGGUUUCUAAAUCCUGUCAUUCCAUUAGAUACCUGUUUACAAAGAAGUUGAACUGUAAAACUGAUAACUGCACAACCUAGUUAAAUGCAUUAGUUCUCGUAUGUAUUAGCUGUGUUAACAUAAUCUUUUCAGUUAAGCUCAAAUAUGUGGUUCAGAGAAAAUCUCACAAUUAGGGAUCUUAUGUGUUAUAUGUUCAAGUAACGCAAUUUAUUGUUGUUAAUACGCACACAAUUUUCAACGUGUUUACUGAUUUGAGUUUCAAGAUAAAAAAAAAAAAAUCUUACAAUUUCAAAACGGAAUGUGUGACAGGCCGCGUCUCAGAUCUUUCUUGUGUUCAAAAAUAUUAAGACCCUCCAUCUUGGCAUUUUUUUUUAAAGUUUUUUUUUUAAAUAGUUGAUAAAAAAACUACAGUUGAUGGUAAAUACUGUAAAUUAUCGUUCAAAUUUUGUCACUUAGUAAUAAUAAAAGAAUUUUAAUUGAACUGUUACUGGAAAUGUACAAUUGGAAGUGAGAAGUCUACAAGUACUCGGAAGUGAGUUUUCACUGUGUGUGUUUAGACACACGCCUCUCACUUGCUUAUUUAGUUUUGUAUCGCACGGCCGAGUUGCACGGGUGUGUGUGUUCGCAAACGCAAUCACAUUCACCAGUAGGUCUCGAGUGAAGGCAGGCGUGAUCACGCCUCUCGUGUUCCGACGGGUGCGAUUGCGUGCCGUGUUGCGACGUUAAAAAGAGUCCGUGCUGUGGGAUUUGUGGCCAGCUUUUAGCUUUCUCCGUCCAUGAAACUGGAUGUGCCCGAACCUGGCUGUGCGGACGUGAACAAGUCGUAUUCUGCGCGAGUGUUAGCAAGCUUGCCUUGUCUCACAAAAAAAAAAUUAUUUUAUACACAUUAAAAAAAAUUUCUGAGUAUUUGGAUAUUUGUAGCUUGUCAAACUAACAUUAUGAUUAAUAAAACGUGCUCAUCUUUGCCUGGAAUCAAAUAUUAUUUGUAGACAUUGUUGUAGCCAUGUCAACAUUUCUGUGAUAUUAAUUUUACCUGCAAGUACUACUAUGUAAUGAAUAAAAGUGUAUUCCUUACUUGUGUUUAUGACUGUAUUGUUAAAUCUUAUUGAACCUUCUUAAUGUGCUUGCUUCGAAGGCGGUUUGCAAAGUAAUAAUCAUUAUAACACAGCAAAUACGAAGUAUGUUAAUUUUUGAAACUGUUUUUUUUGUAAAACUUAAAAUAACUUUAAAGAUAAGUAAAAGUUAUGUGGAAGUAUUAUGAUACACUGAAUGUUAAUGACAACCAACAUGAAAACUAUAUGGCAGAAAAUUUUGCAUGCAUUUAUAAUAUGGAGUACAAAUGAAAUUAUUUGCAGAUACUAAACUGAAUCAAAAUGUGUAUUUUUUAUUGAAAAUUUUUCAGUGUGAAUAAUGUUAAAGUUGCAUUAAUUAUAUAUUUUAAAUAAAGCCUCGAUUUCUUUAUGUGAGGAAUUGACCGCUGUCAUUUAUUGGUUACUGAAAAACCUGUAAAUUAAUGAAAGCUGAAUAAAUAAAGUUUUGUUUGUACAUAACAGUUUCUCUUACCU